CGAGCACAACGCUGAAUCAGAAUCUGGAUGCCGUAGCCCAACGACUCCACCUCCGCCAUCCGUCGUGAAACCUAUCAACGAAGCUUCAUGCUCAUCAACAAAACCAGAGCUAGACAACGUCGAUGUUGUUGAGGAGGCCAACGACGAUCAGCGAUUACAAG